CUCUACUAAAAAUACAAAAAUUAGCUGGGCGUGGUAGCGCGCGUCUGUGAUCCAGCUACUAAGGAGGCUGAGGCAGGAGAAUCACUUGAACCCGGGGUUUGCAGUGAGCCGAGAUCGUGCCACUGCCCUCCAGCCUGGGCGAGGGAGCAGGAUUCCCUCUGAAAAAAAGAAAAAAAAAAUUGCACACCCCCUUCCUCCAGUUUUCUUCAUACCCCUUAUCCUGGUGUAUUUUUUUUUUCCCCAUAGCACCCAAUGCCUUCUAACAUAUUACAUAAUUUUCUUACGUUUCAUCAUCUUUCUCCCUAUAUUAGAAUGAAAGCUCCAAGAGGGAAGGGUACUUGUUUUCUCUCUCUCUUCUGUUUACUGAUACAUCCCAAGCACUAAAAUGGUGUCUGGUAACCUUAGUAGUGAUUGGCAAAUAUUUGUUGAGUAAAUGAGUACAUGAACCUUCAGAAUCUUGCUAGUCUUAUAAACAAAAGGAAUAUGUGAGUACUUUGAAUCUCCAGUGCCUAGAAAUGCUUGACCAAAUGGCAAGUGUUCAAUAUUUACUGAAGGAAUUGUGUGCUCAGAUCUGCUGGAGUUUAUCUGAACCCUUUGAGGCUAUGUCAAAAAGUACCCAGGGCCAAUUCACUCAUGCCUCUCCUUUUCCUCUCAUCCAAUCAGCCCAGUAUUCAUCUAACAAAUAUCUAAGUCUCCAAAUAUUGAGCCACCCAAUGUGAGUUCAAAAGCGUGUUUGGUGCUGCAGGGGAAUAUAUGACUAACGCGAAUGAAGCAACAGCAAAUACUACACGGGAAUGUAAUUAAGUGUGAAAUUAUAGGGCAGACUAUCAGUGCUAAUAGUUUAGAGAAAAAAUCAGUGAAGACUGACGUAGAAGUAAAUUCCAAAGUUCACUAGUCGACCAAACUACCCUUCUAAACGCUCCACCUACUACUGAUAGUAGGACCAUAACCUGGGUAGCUACCUUGAGAGUCAGAAGGGCCUUUAGAGUUCCAACUCCUUUAAGAAAGAAAGUAAGACCAGGCACGGGAAAGGCCUCCGCAGACAUGAGUCUAGCACCUGGGGCUCAAGAAGUUCUGAAAGGAGGGGUGUCCUGAAGGUCCAAGGAGCCUUUGUUGGGGGUCCCGGAAUCCACGGUGUGCCAGAAAAGGGGUCCGGUUUCCUGGAGAGGAGGCUAAGGUGCCGGGCGCUUCGGUGAGGUGGCGGAGGUUGGGGGGCGGGGGAGGACAGGUGGCACCAUUUCUUCGGGGCAUGGGGCCCCAAGUCUCCGCGGGCAGGGUCCAAAGCCACCGAUCCCUACUGUCCUCAACUGCGGGGUUGCUUCCGCUGCCCUUGCUCCCCAGACGCCACUCCAAGGCACAAGGACCCCAAGUCGCUUGGAACUGCAGGCCGCCAGAUGACACCCGCGGAGCCGAGGCCCCGGCAGUCUCAGGGCACUACUUGUCCCAGCGGAGGGAUCCCGCGUGCGUCGACACGGCCGAGGACGCGCAGGGACUUGACGCCGCCGACGCCGGGCCGGCGGCGCUGCGACGUCGCAGGAGGAGGUGGCGCAAGGGCGGGAGGGGGAUGUGGGUCGGGAAGUAGUUCCGGGUGCGCGGCCCCGGAUGUUGGCUGCUCCUGCUGCCGCCGCCGCUCUCGGCGCUGCUCGGGGCCUCGGCCGCUCGCACUAGGCACCGUUGGGACCUUUCCCGGGGGGCGGAGACGCACGCAGCGGCCGGGGGCUCGGCCGGGCCGUCCCGGCCUGCGCAGCCUGAGAUUCUCUUUGUGGCCAGAUGGGUUUGUAUGGACAGGCUUGUCCAUCUGUAACUUCAUUAAGAAUUCCAUACGACAUAAUCUGUCAUUGAACAAAUGUUUCCUUAAAGUGCCUCGAUCCAAGGAUGACCCUGGAAAGGGGUCCUAUUGGGCAAUAGACACCAAUCCGAAGGAAGAUGCGCUGCCUACUCGGCCAAAGAAGAGGGCACGAUCUGUAGAACGGGCCUCAACUCCAUAUAGCAUAGAUUCAGAUUCUUUGGGAAUGGAGUGUAUUAUUUCGGGAAGUGCCUCUCCAACUCUGGCAAUCAACACUGUGACUAACAAAGUAACACUGUAUAACACUGAUCAGGAUGGUAGUGAUAGCCCACGCAGUAGCCUUAACAACAGUCUCUCAGACCAGAGUUUGGCAUCUGUUAAUUUGAACAGUGUUGGAAGUGUGCAUAAUUAUACACCGGUGACAAGCCAUCCAGAAUCAGUCUCUCAAUCAUUAACUCCUCAGCAGCAACCACAGUACAACCUUCCAGAAAGAGACAAGCAACUACUUUUCUCAGAAUAUAAUUUUGAAGAUCUUAGUGCCUCAUUUCGGAGCCUUUAUAAGUCAGUUUUUGAGCAGUCACUUAGUCAACAAGGUUUGAUGAACAUCCCUUCUGAAUCUUCCCAGCAGUCCCACACUUCAUGUUCCUAUCAGCACUCUCCCAGCAGUACAGUGAGCACUCACCCACACAGCAACCAAAGCAGCCUGUCCAACAGUCAUGGCAGUGGCCUCAAUACCACAGGCAGUAAUUCGGUUGCACAGGUCUCACUAUCUCACCCCCAGAUGCACACACAGCCAUCUCCACAUCCUCCCCAUCGACCUCAUGGUUUACCACAGCAUCCGCAGCGUUCCCCGCACCCAGCACCACACCCACAGCAACACAGCCAGCUCCAGUCUCCUCACCCCCAGCAUCCCUCUCCACAUCAACACAUACAGCACCAUCCGAACCAUCAGCAUCAGACGUUAACACAUCAGGCACCCCCACCCCCACAACAGGUAUCCUGUAAUUCUGGUGUUUCAAAUGAUUGGUAUGCGACACUUGAUAUGCUAAAAGAAAGCUGUCGAAUUGCCAGCAGUGUUAAUUGGUCAGAUGUAGACCUUUCACAGUUUCAAGGUCUGAUGGAGAGUAUGAGACAGGCAGAUCUCAAGAACUGGUCUUUAGAUCAAGUUCAGUUUGCCGAUCUCUGUUCUUCUCUUAAUCAGUUCUUUACACAAACUGGCCUUAUUCAUUCACAGAGUAAUGUUCAGCAAAAUGUUUGUCAUGGUGCCAUGCAUCCAACAAAACCUUCCCAACACAUUGGAACAGGAAAUUUGUACAUAGAUUCUAGGCAAAAUCUCCCUCCUUCAGUGAUGCCACCCCCUGGUUAUCCUCAUAUCCCACAGGCACUCAGCACUCCAGGAACAACGAUGGCAGGCCAUCACAGAGCCAUGAACCAGCAGCACAUGAUGCCUUCCCAAGCCUUCCAGAUGCGGCGCUCCCUGCCUCCAGAUGACAUCCAGGAUGACUUUGAUUGGGAUUCAAUUGUGUAGGGCUUGUUUCUGCGAGACACCAGACCCUAACGUUACCUUUCUGUGCAGUGAAGGGAAAGGUUUGAGAGAAUCCAGUUGAGAAAACAAACUUGCUAAUCACUUUACCAAUGUUAUCAAAAUUACUUUUGAAGACAAUCAGAAGGAUUUUAGCUGGAUAACUUACUGCUUUUAUCUGACCUGAACAAGUACUACAUGUUUGUCUCCCUGCCAGCUGCCCUAUGUAGCUCCUAACUGUUGUGUGAUUUGGACGGCUUUUUGUGUAUUUGUGUCAGUUUGAUGUUAACCACAAGUGCCAGACUGAUUUUUCAGACGGAGCCUAUUUUGCUGCAAGCAGUUUAUAUAAAGAUACAUAUGUGUAAAUAUAUGUACAAAAAUUACUGAAAGGCUUCAGUUUUUUCUAAUUGGAUUAUUAUGUCUUGAAAGGAAAGUUAUUGUCAGUUUUUAUUCCUUGUUAGGCUAUUUUCUGCAGGAUGCUUUUAACUGAUGUAGGAAACUGAAAGGAAAUAGAUUUUUUCCAAAGCCAGUUCCCCUUAUUUAAUCUUUUUUAGAAAUGUGGGUAAUCUGAGUCAAGGAACCCAGGAUUUGACACUCUCCAACAAUCCAUAGGGGCAUGUUGCUCCUGAGCAGCAUGAAGAACUGACCAAAUUGGUUUUGAUGCUUGGGGGAUCAUAGAGUAUUUAUGUCUGCUUUUCUAAAUCUGUGUUAUAACAGCUCUAAAAUUUGUUGUUUGGUAAGAAGUUGGGCAUCACUUGGCUCUUUAAACACAUCAGUGCUUCCACAUUCGUCUAUGUAUUUAUUAUUCAGAAGUGUUAUUUUAAUAUUUAUUGCUACCUUCUGUGAAUGCUCAGCUCCUGUUGGGUUCAUUAAGGAAAAAUGUGUCUGAAAGCACAGAAUUACUUUUUUUUUUUUUUUUUUUUGAGGUGGAGUCUCACCCUGUUGCCCAGGCUGGAGUGCAGUGGCGCGAUCUCAGCUCACUGCAACCUCCGCCUCCUGGGUUCAAGCGAGCCUCAGCCUCCUGAGUAGCUGGGAGUACAGGUGCACACCGCCAUGCCUAGCUAAUUUUUUGUAUUUUAGUAGAAACGGGGUUUCACCAUGUUGCCCGGGCUGGUCGCAAACUCCUGAGCUCAGGCAGUCCGCCUGCCUCAGCAUCCCAGAGCGUUGGGAUUACAGACGUGAGCCACUGCGCCCAGCCCAGAAUUACUUUUCUUGAUAAGAAUUUACAGACAAGACACUCAGAGAGACAUUGUGUCAUUCUCUGUCAUCACUCCUUUUACCAUGUGGAUAGAUUUCUCUGUCUUGGCAUUCUUGCUAAUUCAGAUUUAGUUAAAUCGGAUUUUUCUGGAAUUUGAAUCAGAUUCCAUUUGGGCAACAAUAGCAGGGCAGUGUUUCUAAAGCAAGUUUCCCCACUCAUCUUCUAGGUUGUCUUGAAAGGAGGAUAGAGCCACUUAAAAUUUUAUUUGCUUCAGUGUUUAAUGUAGAUAUUAUGUGGCCUGCUGUUUCUGUUGUCCUGUAUGUCUGUGUAUGCAUGACAUUUGGUCCCUUUCUUUGAAAUGCAGCCCACCUCUUAAUGGUUUUUUUUAAUGGUGGUGGUUUGUUUUGUUUCAUGUCAUAUCACAGUUUGCAUGGACUGAUUAUCUUAGUUUUAUGAUAAAACUAGAAGAAAUGAGGGGGGUUUUUUUGUUUUUGUUUUUGUUUUUUUUUUGAUGAAUAGAUUUUGAAUUGACUCUUUAGACCAAAAAAAAGUGUCAAUUCUAAUGGGGAAAAAUAUUCCAUCAAGUCAAAGAGUAGUAACUGCUCACUGGUUGCUUUUUAGCAUCUCUGGUCUUAGCAGCCAUGCUAAAUCACUUUAAUUAGCCUUAGUGAUUCUAUGGUUGAGUAAUCUCUACUUGAACUAAACAAACAUCUUUUGUUUCUGUGUGUGUGUGCUGUGUGUGAGAGAGUGUGCCUGUGCGUGUGUGUGUGUGUGUGUGUGUGUGUGUGUGUGUGUGUUUUAAUGAAGUGUUGCCUUGAAUGAAUCACUGGGAAGCCAGCCAUGGUAAGGGCUGGUGAGGUUGGGGAGAAAGGAAGAGCUUUAUGUUUCUCUGUUGUUUGGACCCUACUUGGCAUGAAAAAGGAAGCUCAGUUCCAGCCCCUUGGAUCAAUGAAAAUCAGAGGAUUCUGGAAAGGCAGCCAACUUGCCCCUCUUAGAAGGAUCAGAGGCAAGAUGAGAUGGCAGCCUGCAGAGUAAAUGCUUGAAAAAAAAGGGGGUGAUUUUCCAUGGUUUGCUUAAGUCACUGUUUUCUAGACACCAAAAUAGCUGUUUUGAAACUGUUUUAAUUGCUUGGGUAGCAAUGUGCACUUUAAACAAUUUGGAUAUUGGAAUGCAGUAUCAUACUGAGUGAUUUGAGUAGAACCACUGAUGAUGAUUUUAUAAAUUGUGUGAAGCGAAUUUCCCAUUUGGCAAUCAUUUACUGAUUUGCAGUGAUCAAUAUUUUUAUGAGAAUUUAAACUUACCAAGAAUGGCCAUGGAGGCAAAGCCUUCACCCAGACCCAUCCCACUCUCCUGUGAUCCAGGUGGUCCAGGAGCCCAGGACAGGCGCUUUCUGUGGGCCCUGGCCACAGACAGGGUUACCUGGUGAGGUGCAGAGAGUCCCUCUAGUGGCCAUUUCGCAUGGUAGUUGCUAAUGCAGAACAAGUUCUGUCUUGGGCUUAAAUUGACUGAAGACUUUAGGGGGAAAGAACAUUAAAUGCAUGUAAACAAAUGGGGGUACUCUGUCCAGGAGAAUAAUCCGACUGGCAUUUGUGGCAGUUUUUGAAAUGUAAAUGUAUUCAUGUGUGUUCUUGUAAAUACAUGUCUCUCAGAUGUCCUUUGAAGUGGGAGGGAAUCAAUCCGGGGAUAAUUUCAAAUGGAAUAGAGUAUUUUGAUAUUGUUCAUUCAGAGGGUGAUGUGUACAUAUCUAUAUUGUAUAUAUGUGAUGAAAAUGCAUUGGCUUUUUGUGCAGAUACAACCUGCUCUCUGUACUGCUGUUGGACAGUGUUUUAAUGUUUCUACAGUUUUGCUAUUGCACGAUUUCAUAUUUUGCCUCUAUGAUGAACGGCAACCAUUCUUUGUAACUGUUUAGUGCUGUAAAGAAAUAUUCCAAGUGUCAUUAGGAUUGUUGCUGCCAGAACUGAUAUGCAUGAAUGGCACUUAAAAUAAAUAUAUUAUGUUAACUCUAUUUACAA